CGCCUGCCUCACUCUCCAAAGUGAUGCAAGGUUCGCCGACAGGCGCUUGGGGCUCUGAGAGUCUGUGUCCCUAAAAAUGGCUUGCUUAAUACUCCCUCACACCCGAGCUUCCAUUCCUGCCAAGGUGCCUGCGCCCCUCCGCUCCUCCUCUAUCCUGCACAACUGUCCGGCUAAGCCUCGUGAAAACUACAGUUCCCACAGUGCAUCGCUCCGCGAUAGCAAAUCAGGUGACUCGGGUCAGAUGGCUUCGGGUCUGCGCUCACUCUCAGUCAAACCGGCCAGAGAAAACGGGUACAGUCUGAAGCGUCUUCUACAUCUCGUGUGGUCAGUCUCCAGAGCCUCAGAGGUUCUCAGGUGAGAGCCGGUGCGGUCCCGACAGCCUCCCGCCAUUCCCCAGGUGGACCCCCGAGGCCUAGAGACUGGUACAGCAAGUUUGUUGGGCGCCUUCUGCAAAUCUAGACCCCCUCGACCUGCCAGGGUUCCACCAGUCUCGGCCUUGCGAUACCGGACAUUCUCCAGGUUCCAGGGCCGGGAUACUGUUGCCGCCUGAAUCUGAGUCGUGGAGUUUGCAGAUUGCUUUGGAGAGGGGAGACAGUUAAAGCACCAUUCCAGGAACUCCCGUUGGCUUGCUGAACUCUAGGCUGAGGUCCAAGGGUGUGGACAGGAUGAGACCCCGCCUCACCCUCCGGGACUUUCUGGCUGAAGGAAGUUCUUUGAAAUCAAGGAACAUGAUAAGGAGUUGGCUGAUUAUUUUUAUGCUUUUUCCCAUGAAGCUCAUAGAAAAAUGUGAGUCGAUGGUCAGCAUCUCUGUUCCUCCCACUGUGAAGCUGGAAAAUGGAAGCUCAACCAACGUCAGCAUCACCCUUCAGCAUCCGUUAAAUGAAACCUUGGUGAUCACUUUUGAAAUCACAUUUCGUUCAAAAAAUAUUUCGAUCCUUGAGCUCCCCGACAAAGUUGUGGUGCCUCCCAGAGUGACAAAUUCUUCUUUUCAAGUGACAUCUCAAAAUGUGGGACAAAUUACUGUUCACCUGCAUGGAAAUAAUUCCAACCAAACAGGCCCAAGGAUACGCUUCUUGGUGAUCCACAGCAACGUCAUUAGCAUCAUAAACCAGGUGAUUGGCUGGAUCUACUUUGCAGCCUGGUCCAUCUCGUUCUACCCUCAGGUGAUCACGAACUGGAGUCGGAAAAGUGUUGUUGGUCUGAGCUUCGACUUCGUUAUCCUGAAUCUGAUGGGCUUCAUGGCCUAUAGCGUGUUCAACAUUGGCCUCUUCUGGGUGCCUCAUGUCGAGGAGCAGUUUUUCCUCAAAUACCCGAAUGGAGUGAACCCCGUGGAGAGUAAUGAUGUCUUCUUCAGCCUGCACGCAGUCGCCCUCACCCUGGUUGUCCUGGUGCAGUGUUUCCUGUAUGAGCGAGGCAACCAGCGAGUGUCCUGGCCUGCCAUCGGCUUCCUGGUGCUCUUGCUGCUCUUUGCACUCGUCAUCAUGAUUAUGGCCACAGUUGGGGUAACCACGUGGCUGCAGUUUCUCUUCUGCUUCUCCUACAUCAAGCUUGCAGUGACACUGGUCAAGUAUUUUCCACAGGCCUACAUGAACUUUUACUACAAAAGCACCGAGGGCUGGAGCAUUGGUAAUGUGCUUCUGGACUUCACUGGGGGCUGCUUCAGCCUCCUCCAGAUGUUCUUCCAGUCCUUCAACAAUGACCAGUGGACGCUGAUCUUUGGAGACCCAACCAAGUUUGGACUCGGCAUCUUCUCUAUCUUAUUCGAUAUUGUCUUCUUCGUCCAGCACUUCUGCUUAUACAGGAAGAAACCAGGGUAUGAGCAGGUGAACUAGCACCCAGAGCCCCAGUGUAAACAGCCCAGGCCCUGUGCCCACCAGGAAAGCUGGAGAAGCGGUCUGGAGUGAAGGGCUGGCUCCAUGUUUUGACAGUGGAGAAGCGCUCUCUUCCUCAGGGCCAGAUGCCUUAAACAUGAAACAGCCUGCCUUCACCCAGGACUCUCCAGGGCAAGGGAGAAACCUCCUUGUGGGACACACACCUGACUCUGCUCCAAGAUUAAAAGCCAGACUGCUGGCAGCGCCUUCCAACCUACCCAAGGUCUUAUCCCCUCCUGGGCCUUACUGGCCAGACAGCUGGCCCUCCUGCAACUUGAUGCUGCCAUCUCUAUUUUCUUUAAGGCUGCAGGCAGCACACACAGGUUCUGACAGCCAUCUCAAGCAAGAUUGGGCACCAAGCUUGAAGCUGAAGGCCUUGCCCCAAGCAACCAGUGUUUCUGGGAGCAGCUUGAAGGACUGACUUUGCAGCUGGGAGAGUCAAGGGUGCUUUGCUGCCACUGCCGUGGUUCCCCGAGACCAAGCAGCCAGGUGCUUUGGCCAGAGGUGCUGGUGCUGGUGCUGGUGGCAGAGGGGCUAGGACUUUGGGGUUAGGCCUUGGAGUCCCUUCUCUGAAGGUCAUAUUCUCUGAACACUCACCUCUCUGACACUCAGUUUCCACAACUGCAGUUAUAGGUGGCCCAGGCCAUAACCUAGUUAUGAAACAGUAUUUCUGGACGUUGAGGUACCCAACAGAUUGGUUCUGAACUGGCUUCAUGCCCAACACCCUCUAAAUCUUCAUCACACUAACCCCUUUUGGAUUUUUUGGAGGGAUGUUUUAGAAAUGAGUGGCUUAUUUUCCUCUGCCUUCUGCCUACCUCCUUUCCCAGAAUCAGGGCCCCAUGUGAGCCCCUCUAAAUGCUCCCUGCCACACACACACCCCAGUCUGUGCCUUAGAAGCCUGUUAGACCUGCCAAAUGGUGAGAGUAGCUCCCCUAGAGGGGAGGGCAGGCCCCCUUUCCCUUACUUCCCCCAGCCCCUACCUAAGACUGAUUUUUUGGGCUGUUCAGGAGUCUCACUUAAGGACUCAAGACCACCUCACACAAUCUUCAUGGGCCCAACCCUGAUCCCAAACCCCCUUCCCUUCCAACCCAAGCAGUUGUCCUUCCUGGGGCAGGAGGGGAAGGUCCUAGGAUGUGCCUUGUACAUACCAUGAGUUUGUCAGUCCAUUCUUUUUACUUUGAGAUCAAUGUAAGGGGCCUAUAUCCUAAAUUAAAACUUGAUUGUUUCCUUUUGCACACUGA